UGCCUUCCCAUUGGCUGCACACGCGGCGGUGGACGCCUUCCAUUGGUCCGGCGGGUACGCCCCGCCCCGUUGCUAUGGUGACGGCCCGCCCCUCUCCCCCGCGCCGCUCCGCGCCCGGCCCUGCUCGGCGCCGUCUGGCCGUGACGGGAUGGAGGACGGUGGCGGGGCCGCAGCAGAGCCUGAUGCGGGGCCGGAUCCGGAGCCAGAGCUGGGGACAGGGCUGGUGCUGGGGGAGGCUGCAGGCGCCUCCCUCGGCUACCUGCGCGUCCUAUGGCAGCGGGAGGAGCCCGCGGGCAAAAUCCCGACUCGCCGCUUGCGCAGGGCCGCUCGCCUCCACCGCCGGAUAGGGCCUACGGGCAAGGAGACCCACGCUCUGAAAAGGUUGCGUGAAGCUGCCAAUAGCAACGAUUUGGACACAGUCCAGCAACUCCUGGAGGAUGGAAGUGAUCCCUGUGCUGCGGAUGACAAGGGGCGGACAGCCCUGCACUUCGCCUCCUGCAAUGGCAAUGAUCACAUUGUGCAACUGCUUCUGGACCAUGGGGCUGACCCAAACCAGAGAGAUGGGCUGGGAAACACCCCCUUACAUUUGGCUGCCUGCACGAACCAUGUUCCUGUCAUCACCACGCUGCUGCGCGGAGGGGCCAGAGUCGAUGCCUUGGAUCGAGCUGGCAGAACUCCGCUGCACCUUGCAAAAUCAAAGUUAAACAUCCUGCAGGAAGGACUCUCCCACAGCCUGGAGGCUGUGCGACUUGAAGUGAAACAGAUCAUCCAGAUGUUGCGGGAAUACCUGGACCGUCUAGGGAGGCAUGAGCAGAAGGAACAGCUGGAUGACCUCUGCUCCAGGUUACAGAUGACUAGCACAAAGGAACAGGUGGAUGAGGUUACAGACCUCCUGGCCAGCUUCACAUCACUCAGCCUGCAGAUGCAGAAAAUGGAGAAGAGGUAAUGAGCUUCCAAAUCAUAUACCUGAUGCAGCAGGAGGAGCCUUAGAGAGGAGGAAGGCGAAGCUUGCUUUCCAGAUCACUGAAUAAACGUUGUUGCUGUUCCUGCCAGAUCCACCCUCUAGUGGUGCUCAGACUGUUCCUGUUGGUGCUGCCACAGGUGCCUCAUGGAGAGGCAGCAGGCUUUGGACAACAGACAACAGUGCUGCAGUUGAGACUUCUGGGAAAAAAGAGCUGUCGUUUUUAUCAGAUGGGCUGGCGCUGAAUAGGAUACCCUUUCCUGAGAUAUUUUGCCUUCUUCUAAGCACUUCAGGUCUUGGUGGCUGAUGCCAUGUGCAGCCAGCAGCCCUGACAAGUGCACUCAGCAGCUGGACAACCUCACAGACAUGCUCAGAAGAGGCACCUUUUGCCAACUCCACAGUACUCCAUUGCAUGGGGAAAGAAGGUGGAUGCCUUGGACAGCAGAAGGCUUUGUGCUGUGAGAAGAGAACACCUUUCAUUAUGCAUGCUAGCAGCUGAGCAAACAUACUGCCUUCAGAAGCAGGCAUUGGGGCUUAAUCCUAACCUCCUGAGAGUCUGUGGUCAGUGGGCAGAGAAUCUCUCUGGUUACAAAUGGUUUAAUCACUAGUUUAAUAGCUUUCACUGGCCUCAUUUUUUACAUCACCGCUUCGAGUUAGUGCUUAAAUACUACAGUGCAAAAAGUACCCAGGUAGGCAGCUAGCAGGUCAGGGCUGCCCUGAUGCAAGACUGAGCCUGGGUUUGGGGGGGUGGUGUGAGUUAAUCCUAUCAGAGUUUGUUAUGCAGCCUUCUCCAUCUUGUAAAAAACAAAACCAAACCCCACCAGAAAACACCACAACUGACUUCUGUGUUUCCUAUUACUGGCAGUCUUGGGCAAGAGGUCCAGCUGCGACAGGAGAAUGUGUACUCAGUCAUAUUACUGGGCUAGGAUAGAAAUGGAUUGAAGGCUGCCUCCUGUGCUGACCCACAGCUCACAGUUAAGAGCUGAACCGUGCUGUGCUUCUCGCCUGCCGUGGAGAGGUGCUCCGGGAGCUUCAGCGCGCCGUGAGGAGCGACUGACGACCCCUGCUGGGCGCCUGAAGCGAUGCAGCUGUGAACGAGGCUGGGGAUUGCCCCAGAUGGGCUCUCUUCCGCCCCACUGUGGUCAGUGAUGAGAAUGCAGGCAGCCUCGUUUGGAGCAGGGAUCCAAAAACCCUGUCGGUAGAGUGCGUGUAGCAACAUCAGGGUGACAACAUGCCCAGCCGCAAUCAGUUGCCACCCAUGCAGCGUGCUGGUACUAAUAUCCACCCCGCAGUUUGGCAAUCCCUGGUUUGGAAGUGCUCUUUUUUAGGAUUCAGCUUAACUGUGCAACAGUCACAAAAUGGAGCACUCUUCAGACCCCCUCAAUUCAGCACCUUUUCUAAUAGCUGGCCUUUGGUCCUGGAAGAGGCUAAGUGGACCUCCUUGUUGAAAGCUGAGAUACCAGAAAUAGGAAUGGUUUUCAGGUGGGUUCAUAUGUGGGGUGCUGGAGGCUCCGACUGAGACUAACAGUCCUGUGGAUUGGCUGGAGCUGUCACUGUGAAUACUGAUUAUUUGUUACGACAUGCUGGAUGGGAAGGUACUGAGGGAGUGGGAGACAAUCUGACUUGUUUUGUAUUUUGAAGUUCAAUAAAAUCCUGUCAGCCUUUUUGGA